CGUAAUUUUGGGGUUAGUUGUCUGCUUGUCGUACGUGUAAUCGGGGGAAAAAAUCCAUGAAAGUGUAAGUAGUUGAAUUAUUUAUUUCCUCUUUUUUCGGCCAGUUUUAUACGACCGUCAAUAUGGGGGUGCGCGAGGAUGCGAAGAAAGAUGAGGUGUGUCAAAAAUAUCUCGAGAUAUGUGUCGACUUAAACAUGGACAAAGUGGCAGCCAAUGAAGCUUGGAGCAACUACAAACUAAUCCGGCAGAAUUAUUCUUUAGAGGGAGACCAGCUGCACUGGCUCGCUUGCGCUUUCUAUGUAGCUUGUAGGAAAGCCACACCAUCUACAGUUGGCCAGCCCGAUACUCUGGUUGAAGGAAAUCUCGUUAGCUUGACCAGAUUAUUAAGAUCUUGCAAUCUUAGUUUGAUACAGUUUUUUAGUAAAGCUAAGAAAUGGGCAGAUAUGACAAACCUGGAUCAAGAUUUCCAGAAAAAAAUUGACAGAUUAGAGCGCAACUUCGCUGUGUCAAUGGUUAUUUUUAAGAAGUACCAACCAAUAUUUACAGAUCUAUUUUUGGACCCAGCUGCCAAUGAGUCAACAUCUUCUGUCACCAAUCCCCACAAAAAGCAAAAACUGAUGCUGUGUACACCAAGUAGACUUUUCGAUUUUUGCUGGACGCUAUUCGUCACAGCAAAAGGGGAGUUUCCAGAAGUGAGCGAUGACCUAGUAAAUUCUUACCAUCUAUUACUCGCUUGCUGUGAUUAUGUAUUUGGAAAUGCCCUGGUUACUGAUCGGAAAGAUUUACUAAAUCCCAAAUUUCCGGGUCUACCCAGCAACUUUUUGGACAAAGGUUUUGUGCCCCCUAAAGAUCCUCCUUGUAUCAUCCAUCAUUUGUGUCUCAGACAUGAAGGUCUUGUGAUAGAGGCCAAAAGCAUCAAAGAAUAUUUCUGGCAGAAACACAUACGGAAGUUAAUUUCUAGUCAGGUGUUGAAAAGUAACUUGAGCACUUCAGAUUAUGGAAUCCUAGAAAAAGAAAACUUUGACACAAAUUUUAAGCAGUUGAACAACAAAUAUGAGUCCUAUGUUUUAAGUGUUGGUGAUUUCGAUGAGAGAAUUUUUCUAGAAACAUAUAAGCAUGUGCGAUAUUCUCCAGUCAAAAGUUGCGCUGAUAGCAAAGCUCCACCUAAGUUAGCUAGAGUUCUUAGGAUUCAUAUUGAUCAAGGAGAUAACAGAGCAAGCGAGAUUGGAACUCCUUCUAAACUCGUGGGUCCGAAUGAAGAGCAAAAUUUCCAAGAAAAGCUGAAAGCCAAGAAAAGAGAGCUAGACCUACAGCAGAAUGAAAUAGUAUCAAAGCAGCUUCAUCCCGCAACUCCAUUGACCGGCAGAAAGUAUCUGAAAAUCAAAGAUAGUACCAUCACUCCAGUGUCGUCUGCAACUCAAAGUGCUGCAAGACUUCAAGCCAUCCUGGUCGGGAGGCAUCCUGCACCUAGCGAAGCUCUCUUAGAAAUCUACAAUUCUUGCGAGAAAAACCCUAAGGACGAUAUAGAAAACGAAGUAGAGAGAUUAUCUGCACUGUUCAGUCAGAAGUACAAGUGGAGCACCGAUUCCAGUAGUCAAAAUCGCAUAGAUUUUGCGGCGAAAAGACUGGAAACAGCGAAGACUCUGUUUUAUAAGUUACUACAAAAUAUUAUCCUUAGUGAACAGAAAAAAGCAUCUUAUGACCAUAGGAUUCCGUUAAGUCAAACAAUUUUCAUUCAAACGCUCUUUGCAUGCUGCUUAGAAAUAGUGAUUUACUCUUACCCUUCUCAACGCACUUUUCCUUGGAUUUUGGAUACACUUGAAAUUAAACCGUACCAUUUUUACAAAGUUAUUGAAAUCAUCGUAAGGACCGAGGAGCAACUCUCCAGGGAAAUCGUAAAACAUCUCAACACGAUUGAAGAGCAGGUUCUCGAAUCGCUAGCCUGGCAAUCUGACAGCCCUCUUUGGGAUAACAUUGCCACUGCAUCUAUUACUACAGAAUUUCCUAAUGCUGUGCCAUCUUGUGAAGAUGUUUCCCUACCAGGACAGCUGCAGUUGAGCGAUCCUUCCUACAAUCCUCAAUCCAAUACUAAUAACACCUCAAGUGUCACCCAAUCCCCCGUAUCGGAACGAUUCCAGUCCCCAAUAAUCGGCAGCAACUACGCGAAGAAGAAACUAUUUCAAGAUGGCUCCACCCCCAAGUCGAGUCAAUCUCUUCUCCAGCAACAACUGCAGCCUUCUUCGCCCGCAAACCAGCAAAGCUCCAAAGUUGUCGCCAUGAGCAUUAAAUUAAUUGAGAAAGGCGGGAAAAAAUACAUUUCUAUGACCCCAGCCCCAAAUCAAGCCGCUGCUGACUCAACCCCCACUGUUGACACGACACCCCAAGUGAAGGAAGUGAAAAAAGCCAAAAGAACUGGAUCUCUAGCUUUAUUUUUCCGCAAGUUUUAUCACUUAGCAAGUGUGAGAAUGCAGGAACUAUGCUCACAGUUGAACGUAUCAGAUUUUGAGCUGCACAGGAAAAUCUGGACUUGCUUCGAACAUUCGAUUGUAAAUCACGUGGAUUUAAUGAGGGACAGGCACCUUGAUCAACUACUCAUGUGUGCUGUGUACGUCAUCUGCAAAAUAGUCGGUCCAGAACGAACGUUCACCGACAUAAUGCGCUGCUACAGGUAUCAACCUCAGGCAACGUCACAUGUCUACCGUAGUGUCUUGUUGAAAAAAGGACCUGUCUCCAACAGAUCAAGCCCUGUCACGGACGAAAACAACAAAUCCAAGGAUGAUCCAAAAACGGUAGAAGAAGAGAGAGGAGACUUGAUUAAAUUCUAUAAUACUGUGUAUGUCAAAGUUAUCCAAAACUUCGCUCUCAAAUUCUCGAAUAGGUCUGCGCCCAAUGAAUCUUUAGCUUUAUCUCCUUUACCAUUUGUAAAAUCUCAUUGCAUGUCUCCAUCAAGGAGAUUAUCUGAAAAACAUCCUGUUUACAUUCGAUCUCUUGACUCCAAAGUACUCCCCGCUUCUCCGUCUAAACCCUUAAGUUACUGUUUUAGCCGGAGUCCUGCAAAAGACCUGAAAGCUAUUAAUUCAAUGAUCUCCGUUGAUUCAGUAAAUCAUGGAAUUAACAAAAGGCUUUUAGCUGAUGAUAAUGAUGUUGUUAGUUCAGCCCCCAAGCGGUCAGCACCUCCUGUCCUCGCCCGAAAAUUACAAGAUUUAAUUGGUGAUCGGUUGAGCCAGUUGAAGAAAGAUUAGUUUGACUUCUGCAAAAAUUUGCUGUUAUUCAAUCAAUAUUUGUAUUAUAUGCAUUGAUAGUUUGUUUUUGCCGCCCUUGUCCUUCUUCUUUAUCUGCACUUAGCCUGUCCCAGCAUGAAUCAUUAAAUAAUGAUGACUAAUCAAUUAUUAGUCGUAAAUUUUUAAACGGUAGACUAAUGUAGUUAUUUUGGAUGUUUGUGGAACGAUUCGGUCAUCGAAUGUCAUCCUUUUAGGUUGUUUUUAAAAUUUAACGAGUUUUAUGAACUUCUCAACUUGCUUUGAGUGUAUGUUGUUUUAUAAUCGGCUCCUCUAAGUUUUUCAUAGUUUUGCUCUUAUCUGUCCAAAAGGUUAAGUAGAGGUUUCACUGACAACAAUGAUGUUCAUUGUUUAUGAUUGAAGAGUUUUAUUUUUCAAUUCUUUUUGUUUGCAAUAGCUUGAUUGCACCAUUGAUCCAAUUCGCUAUAAGUUUUAUAAUCAAUGUUUAAGUAAAUUCGAUGGGUGUGUUAAAAUUUGUAGAAAUAAUGAAUCCUAACACUGCUGAUCAGAUGACUUUUUGUAAAAAAAAAAAAAUUCUGUUUGCAGUGAAUUUUACGAAUGUCAAGACUUUUCGCCCAAAAAAUGUUUUAUUAUUUUUAUCAGAGUUGCAAGGAUGAAACUAAAUAGGAUGUGUGCAGGACUGAAAAAGCUGGACAAUAAUAUUUUAAAGUUAUCAAUUUUUUUGGAAAGAUUUUUUUUUAUUUUGAGAAAUGGUGAGAUCAAUCUUAAAAUUGACAGUAAUUUUUUUUCUUAUGAAUGCUGGUAGGUCAUCAAUAAAGUAAAUUAAAAAAUUCUUGGCAUCAUAGCCAGGAAAAAUCUAAUGAACUAUAGAAUUUUUCUUUUGCGUUUUGCUGGCAAAGUCUGAGCAUUUUCAAAUAUGUCAGCGGUGAAACUGUGCAUAAACAUGUAUCUCAGGUUGCGAAGCUGUUGACUUCUGUCGUAUUUUAUUAUUUUGAUGAAACAGUACUCGAUAUCAUCUCUUGAAAACUUUCCUGACUCCCCUCGUCUGUAAGAAGAAUAUUCCGUACAAGGUUAAAGAAUCAGGGUUAGUUAGGUCUCCCUUGGUCACAUAAAAUGGAAGCAGAGAUUUUGAAACAUCCUAAAGCAGAUGCAUCUUUUCGCAGUUUUGCCGUUGAUUUUUAGUUGUUUAUGCAUGUAGAUCAACAAACAGGCAAAAACAUAAGUUGCUAGCAAUUUGCAUAAAAUUAUUUGCAUGUUUGAGAUCGCUAAUAGACAAAGUAGUAUACAUAUGUAUCGAUAAAAAAGUAGGAUAAUUUUUGGUUUAAAUUUAAUAUGUAGCUUGUGAAAAGUCUUAAUUAUUUAGUGCUUGUCAUAAUCAAGCUCGUCUUUUUUUUUCAAAUUCUAAUGUCACACAGUCUUGUCCUCUUCCAAGUUCCAUUCUGUGAUUUUUGCUAAACUUUUACCGCCAAUUAGAGCACUGAAAGACAACUGAAGCACUAUUGGUCUAAUUUAAGCACUGCGCUUUAAUUGUGCAUUGCCCAUUCAUGGCUUAGGUGUGUUUUUCUAAAGGGUCUGAAUUCACUGAACUAAAUUUUUUAUGGUCUACUUGUUGUUUUUACCUCUCAUUUCAACUUUAUUUCUUUUCUGUGUAGAUACCUUAACAGUUCUUUUUUACUUUGGGUAACAUUUUAUUUCUCUAGAUUAUUUAUUUUUAUUCGGCAGAACAAUAUUUUAUAUUUAUCAUACCUAGAAACGCUUUCUCAUGGGUUAUGAGCAAAAUCAAAUCAGGCGAAGUUCAAUUUUUCGAUGGCUGAAUGUGAAAAAUGUGUAUCUCAAGUGCAUCGCUUUGAAGAGUUUGAAACUUUGUUGUACCACCUAAUUCACUCACAAGAGACAAUCAAUUAACUGAACUAAUUGGGAGCAGACUGGUUCCGAUAAUCGAAAAGUUUGGAUUAUGAUAGAACAAGAAUACGAACACCAAGUAAUAAAUAAUGAAUUAGACCGUUAAGAAUAUGAAUUAAAAUACUAUGCGGAACGAAUGAAAACCAAAAAAAACUAGACAAAUAGAACACUCCACAGAAUGAAAAAAAACUGGAAAAAAAAACCUUGCACCAUCAGAUAUUGCACCUAACAUGGAACAUCUUGGUCUGAAGUUUGGCCGCACGUACUUUCCAAAUCAGUUCGAAUAAUCGAUAGUCCACUGUACUUUCUUUUACAAGACUUACUUUUUAUUUUCACCUCCUUGCAAUCAAGUACGAUUUCCUCCUGAGAGAAUGAAGAAAAUUCAGAGAAAAUUUCAUUAGAAGUUGUUGGUUAGUUUACCUAAAAAAAAACCAAGUACCUAUAAAAGGAGACCUACAAUAUCAUGAUGUGAGAUACGCUUUUUUACUUUACCCAUCGAUUUUUUAGUUUUUCGUGAAUCAUGAAAGAGGAGAUGUUUGUAUCGCCAAUUUGUGUACUCAAAUCAGGAGAAGUCAUUUUUCAGAUGUUUUUAUUUUGUAUGUAUGUGUCUGCCUUGCGCACUACCCAAUUUGUUAGUUCACAAUCGUCCCAAAUUUUAUUUCAGUGAAGGAAAAUAAUAUUAUUGAUUUUGUUAUAUAUUUUGCCGCACCCAAUCAGAAUUUUGAUAGUCUUGCCUUUGUGUAUAAGUAUGAAUUUUCCCGGAACACAUGAAGCGAAGAGCCAAAGGAUCGGAAGAAAAUUUACAUCCGUUCAGGAUAUCAGCAGGCUCCCUGCCAAGUGCACUUAUUUUCUCUGCAAUCAAAUCUUGAAAGCUCUCCCUCACUUUUUUUCCUCAUUUAAAUCAAUCCCUUGUCAAUCAAGAAUCGGUUUGAAACCCAGUUACAGACAUUAUUGUUUUCAGGCAGUAUCGUCAACUUCCGGCCAAAAUAUCACAAACCCAUUUGUGCCUAAGCACAGUGUUGUUUAACCUCUCAAACUUUUCCAAUUUUUUGUAGAGAUUCAAAGGAAAAGAAUCACUUAAACUUGAUAUUUCUUUUGUCAUCAGAUUGAUCCUGACACAUAAAGGCAAGUGUAAGAGUUGCAUAGAAAAAAUUAAAACAAUUGUAAGAUAGCGUCCAAGCGCAAAUGGUGCUUGUGACGAAAUAAUUUGGCCCAAAGGUGACAAUAUUUUGAAUCGUGUAAGCCCUUCCAAAGUUGAAGUAACUAAGUAAUUUGUAGAUAUAUAUUUGAAAAAUCAUUUGUUGUUCACAUUUUUAUUUUUAUGUUUGAUUUACAUGACUAAAACCUCCUUUGAGUUCGUAUAAAAGGUUGUUUUCUUUGCAUGCCACGUUCAAAUUUUAUGAUUAACUUCUUUCCCUGUACAAUUAUCUAAUAUUGUUGACUUUGGUGUAAAUUUCACCAAUCAUUUUUGUGUAUCAUUUGAUUAGAUAGGUAGUAUUUAAAGAAUAAAGAGAUUUUAUUUUUUAAGAGGAGUUUCUUGCAAUUUUUAAUUGAGUUGAAAAGAUAGAAAAGUUUUAAGUACCAAUAAAUCAUUAAGUUUGUAAAGAUAACAAGAAAGAACAACUAAAUUUACUCAUCUUUCAAUGUAAUGAUCCUUUUACAUUUUCAUUUUUCUCCUUUUUUUAAGCGUCUGUACGUUUUAUUACUGUAUUUUUAUUACAAUUUUUAAUUUCAUGGCGCAACUUAAUUUUUCAAGGUUAAUUUAAUUUUGAAAAGGCAAUGAGUUUAAAUUUCAUAGCAUGAUUUUAAACACUUUUAUUUUUUAAUCUUAAUUUUUUUUCUCACAUGCCCCCCCCCUCCCCUCCCCCUUGUUCUCUGGGAUUUCAAUUUAUGGUGGGGGCAAUUUAUGGUGACAUUCUUUUAAACGAUUCUCCGACCCUUAAAAGUUUCAUGCCUCUUUCCAGAAAUGCUUGAUUUUUAUAAAAAUUAUUGGCUUAUGGUUCUCAUCCUCUGUUAAAGUGUUAACUCUUUUGAAUAGCGCUCUUUUAAUUUCUACUUUUUUCCUAUCUCAUUUUAUGUAUUAAUAAAUUUAAAAUGUAAUCGCACUGGUGGAAAAUCGAAGUUUGCACUUCUUGUUCCUCUUCAAAAUACACAGUCAGGUGUAUCUUCAAAAUACAUAGUCUGGUGUAUUUUUGCUGUAAUUUUCUGAGAAUGUGUACAAAACCAAAGCCUUAUUUAUUUCUAUCAUGAUUUUGUGUCUUUGUGUGUUUGCGUCUCGUCCCUAGAAGUUUGUUGACAAGAUACAAAUUACUCGAAUCAGUAUGAUUGUUCAAAAGUGUCAUGCUUAUUUAAUUUUUUCUAUCUUCAAGAAAAUCUAUAUAUUUCUUUUCCUUUAUUAUUUUGUCUGCAGUCUCUCUAUUUGCAGAGCAAACUCUAGCACUUAUCUAAUGGUGUAAUUAAAAUGUUUAUAAAAAAAAAUAAUACUAUUGCUAUCAGCUUAAA